GAAACUGUCACGUGAUUUUACGUACAAGCGUCACGUGACACCAACAGUAGGCAAACAUGGCGGACGUCGAAGUUCCGAAGUCUUUGAGCGGUCUGUUGAACGGAAUCGCUCAAAAAAUGUUUUUUAACAAUGACGAAAUGACAGAGGAGCUGCUGAAGAGCGAACUUUUCCCGGAGCUGCCGCAGGAGGAGUUCAAGGCUCUGCACGAAAAGAUGAGAGGCCUCCUAAAGUCCAUCUCCACAGCAGACAUGGACCACGCCCAGCUGGAGGCCUUCCUCACAGCGCAGUCUAAAAAGCAGGGAGGUGGCGGGGUGAGCGCAGAGCAGGCCGCCGCCCUCUCGCGCUUCUGGAAGAGCCAACGCGUCCGCGUGAGGGAGCGGCUGCUGGCUCAAAGCCGCUGGGAGCCCUGCCUCAGGGGCCUCUCCUGGAGGGUGGACCUGCAGGCCGCCGGGCGUCAAAGAGACACGGAGCACAGCGGCCCAGUCGCCCUGAUGGAGCUGGAACUCAGCAGAACCGGACAGGCGAGUCACAAAGACUCAGAGUUUGUGUGUGUGGAAUUUAAUGAAGCCAAAGUCAACGAGGUUCUGAAAAAACUCUCUGACAUCCAGGAAAGCAUUGACAGAAUUGUUCACAGAACCUAAGAGCUGCUGAGCGGCAGCGCUCUACUGCACUACUGCACCCCCUUCCUGCCAGGCGGAGUACUGCAACAAAGCAGCAUCGACCAGUUUGUACGCACUCUGAGAGAAUUCGCACUUUCCAUUACAACCUCUUAAAGACUCUGACAGUGGACAUGUGUAAAACUGAUAGAAGCGUGUAAAGGUAUGCACAUAUGCAGUUUUCAACAUAUUUUGAAACUAAAGCUGUUCAGAAAGCAGUGAUCUAGUGUAAUAAAGACCAAAAUCAUUCCACCUCAGACGAUGAGGAUCAGUAUUUAUCAACAAACAUGAACCUUUCAAUGCUAAAGUUAAUUUUUUGUAGUUUUUUUUUUAUGAUGGGCUCACCUCAACUUAAAAAAGUAGAAUUUUCCACUAGACGUUAAGAUUUAAUCUGUUCAUUUUGAAAUAAUUGUGUCCUUAAGCAUCUCAUCAUGUCCAACACCUUAGAAAACUUUGCCUGUUAAUAAAUAAAAUGUUCAAAUGUGAAGUGUUAAUAAAAAUGAUGCAUAGAG